AUGUUGAACAUCCUCUUAAUAUUCGCGCUGCGAAGGACUUCAUCACUGCCAAAGACUCUAAAGGCAUUGAUCCUUAGCGUGGCUGUUUCUGAUAUUGGUAUGGGAAUACUUGUCCAGCCUUUAUACACCGCGCGCCUGGUUAUGAAAAUGAAAAUGAAAAACACUAACAGCCAGGAAACUUAUAACGAAAUAGUUAACGUCAUAGGACGCACCCUUGCUAAUGUCUCAUUUUUCGGUGUCACAACUAUCAGCGUUGACAGAUUCCUUGCUAUCCACCUUCACCUCAAACACCAGGACCUUCUCACCUACCAAGAAAUUGUGACUUACAAGCGUAUUGUGGCUACAGUGAUCUUAAGCUGGCUUCUCGGCGCUUCCCUGGCCCUAACCGGUGUUUUAAGCCACGAAAAUGUUUUCAACCUUGCAGGGGUGACAGUGGUAUUGGUUUGUCUCCUUACUAUGGGUCUAAUCUAUUUCAAGAUUUCCAUAGUCGUACGUCGCCACACCGUUCAAGUUCAUGCACAGCCAGCCCAAGCAGUGGCACCGAACGAAGAAAAUCGCUCAAUUUUCGAAAGAGUGAGAAAAACAGCAGUUGGUACCUUUUACGUCUAUCUGUUGUUUUUGGCCUGCCAUUUACCAAGCGCUAUUGUGAUCCUGACCGGACAAAAGACGAAUAAGAAGAGACGACAUUUCAAGAUCUACGCUGAGACGCUGUUAUAUUUGAGUUCAUCCCUCGUUCCUCUGGUUUACUGCUGGAAGUUUAGACACAUCCGAUGCGCUUUUAAGAACAUUCUGCGCAACAUAUUCGCAAGUCAGAAUCAGAUUCAGGAAGGCUAACUUUUAAGUCUAUCUGUUGUUUUUGGUCUACCACUUGCCAAUCGCUUUUGUGAUCCUUGUCGGACAGGUGAUUAAGACGAGAGAACAUUUCUGAAUUUUUCGUCGGACGCUGUUAUAUUUGAGUUCAUCCCUUUUUCCUCUGGUUUACAGCUGGAAGUUUAGACGCAUCCGAUGCGAUAUCAAGAACAUUCUGCGCAACACAUUCGCAAGUCAGAAUCAGAUUCACGAAGGUUAAAUUUUACUAACUUGAUUCAGCCUUUGAAAAAUGACAUGACCUUUCUAGUCUGUAUACGUAUCGUGCAGGAAGUUAUAACAGUUUUCCUGUGUCAUAUUUAAACGAUAGACCUAAAUAUGUUUGUUUCCCGAUAUAUUCGUUCUUGAUGGCCUUAUUCGUCCUUUAUUACAUAUAAAAACGCCAAACGUAGUGUAACUUUUGCUAUUCGAUUUGUAUUAAAAAUUGCACUUUUAUUUGGGUGACAAAAAAUUAGCACAAGUUAGAACUUUAAUUUAAAAACAAUAGUACGCCGAUAACCUCGUACACCUGUAACAUAUAAAUUAGAAAUUUUUAGUUUUCUAUAAUUAUCAUUUUUGAAUGACAUACAUGUAUAACAGUCUGACUUAAGGUAGAAUUUUCUGGCGAAUCGAUUAAUAAACCUCACGAAAAUAUUAAUUUUAAAUUAAGAAAGAAUGAUGCACGAUUUGUUAUGUAAGUACUAGUUUUAACUAAUAAAGUUAAGAUCAUGAAGAGCGAUCAAAGUCAUCAUCCUUAACCCUUUAAAUCCUAGGAUCAAUAUUAAAAUUUUCCUUUGUCGCCCCUAUUCAUUUACUAUAGAAGUAGUGAGGAGAAGUUGAUAAAAUAUCAAGCAAAUACAUUCUGUGUGAUCAUGUCCUAAAUUCUCAGCUAGGGACUAUGCUGUACCGAACAUCUUAAGUCGUCUGGAUAUUAGAUAAAACACUAAAUGUUGUGUUUAACACAGCUUCUCAAUGAACAAUGAUUCUUGAAGAAAUUCAAAGCAAUAAAAAUUCCCAAAAUUUUAUGGUAAUUAAUUUUGUCCAACCUCCGAUACGGUAAUGAUUUCCUUGUUUUUGUUUUCUCUUCUUGAAUUAUUAAUGAGCUUAGGAAUACUCAAACAACCUCAUUCUCGUUCGACGGAGGAAGUCGAGUUUAAGGACUCUGGGAACGAGGUUGUAAGCAAGACCACUGCAAUAAUUCACACUUCACCCCAAGGCUUGGGGAAAUGAAAAAAUGGGAAACACCUGAAAGUUCAUGGGGAAUACGAAGUUAAACUAAUCUGUGCUAACAAAAACCAUGCAACAAGACAAAUAAUGUGAAAAAACAAAACAAAACAAAACAAAAACAUCGGAUAAUGCACACCACCUUUACACGACGGGAGUUUACUGGAAAUAGGCUUUUAACCCUUUAAACCCUAAGAUCAAAAUUUGAAUUCUCACUUUUUCCUCUGUUCAUUUCCUAGAGACGUAGUGGGGAGAAGUUGAUAAAAUAUCAAGCAAAUUCAUCUUGUGUGAUCAUGUCCGUAAUUCUCAUGACCACUCUGUUUUACAAAGCAUUGAUAUCACAAGGAGAAAUUUGAUGCUGAUCACUCUUAGGGCUUAAAAGGGUUAAUCUAAUUGCCUUGACGUUCAAAGGUUUUCAUAUUUCUUACGUCCAAAUUUACCCCAGUUUGUGACACGUUUCAAAACGUCAGCAAGAAGGUUUCAUCACGUGACCAUCCCUAGGACAUUAAUUCGAUCCUAAAACAGUUCCUUGUUGCAUCUUUCAAGGGCACCUGGACUCCGGUUUUGAACAGCUCUAAGAAGGAAAGACUGAGGCAGAGGCGUUAGUGAAGGGAGAGAGUUCUUCAUCCGAUCGAUUCAUCUAAAGUAUUCCUCAUAAACGCAAACUUAUUUAAGAGAGCGUGCCAUCCUGACUCCGCUAAAGUUCUUAUGGUCACAAUGAAAAAGGCUUCCCUCGUCCUAAACUGCGUCGUCAAUUCCUUCCUGUCUUACGCAACAGUGAUGUUGAACAUCCUCUUAAUAUUCGCGCUGCGAAGGACUUCAUCACUGCCAAAGACUCUAAAGGCAUUGAUCCUUAGCGUGGCUGUUUCUGAUAUUGGUAUGGGAAUACUUGUCCAGCCUUUGUACACCGCGCGCCUGGUUAUGAAAAUGAAAAUGAAAAACACUAACAACCAGGAAACUUAUAACGAAAUAGUUAACGUCAUAGGACGCACCCUUGCUAAUGUCUCAUUCUUCGGUGUCACAACUAUCAGCGUUGACAGAUUCCUUGCUAUCCACCUUCACCUCAAACACCAGGACCUUCUCACCUACCAAGAAAUUGUGACUUACAAGCGUGUUGUGGCUACGGUGAUCAUAAGCUGGCUUCUCGGCGCGUCCCUGGCACUAACCGAAUUCGAAGUUUUAAGCAGCGAACAUGUUUCUAAUCUUGCAGGGGUGUCGUGGGAUUGGUUUGUCUCUUUACCAUGGGUCUAAUCUAUUUCAAGAUUUACAUAGCCGUACGUCGCCACACCGUUCAAGUUCAUGCACAGCCAGCCCAAGCAGUGGCACCGAACGAAGAAAAUCGCUCAAAUUUCGAAAGACUGAGAAAAACAGCAGUUGGUACAUUUUACGUCUAUCUGUUGUUUUUGGCCUGCCAUUUACCAAGCGCUAUUGGGAUCCUGACCGGACAAAAGAUGAAUAAGAAGAGACAACAUUUCAAGAUUUACACUCAGACGCUGUUAUAUUUGAGUUCAUCCCUUGUCCCUCUGGUUUACUGCUGGAAGUUUAGACACAUCCGAUGCGCUGUCAAAAACAUUCUGCGCAACAUAUUCGCAAGUCAGAAUCAGAUUCAGGAAGGCUAA